GAGGAGGGGGUGGCUUUAAUGGCGCAUCACAGUCGGACUGAUCCACCUUGCCGUAAAUAAACCACAACCCCGCGAGGAUAAUCUCUAUAUUCACCGAUUUUAUCGAGUGGCCCGGCGCGGCGUCCGGUCUCCUGUGCACCAAACCCGGCAGCGAGCUGAUCGGCUCGUCCGCUCGGAGCGCUGAGCCAGGAGGCCUAGCCGGGAGGUAGCUUAGCCGCUUCGGCUAGCGGGAGGGGGCAGAGGCGGAGAGGGAAUAUGUAACAUAUGCAACAAGCGUCAACAUGACAUCCAGAUUCAGUAAAACCUACACUCGGAAGGGAGGGGAAGCCAACUCGAAGUUUGAGGAGGUAUUCGCCAAUAAGAAGACGCUCAGCACCAAAUGGGGAGAGACGACGUACAAGGCUCAGCUUGGGACCAAGCGACCCACGUACAAAUCCGAGCUGCCAGAGCUGGUAAAGAGACCCCGCUUCGAGGACGACGACAGCUCAGAGGACCCGUUCGGCUUCGACAGUGAUGAGGAGUCCAAGACCGUCACGUCCAGAGGGACCCCUCAGUUGGACACGGGCUCGGAUGCGGCAGGCUCCUGGAAUGAGCAGCCCAAGGCUCUGGUUGAGAAGCAGACCCAUGGUGGUGCCGUGGCCGGUGGAGGCACAUCGGUUUUGGGGAGCAAUGUCAGCAGGAGCCUUGUGGGCUCUAACAGCACAACUGCAGUCAAGCCUCUGCAGACCUCAUCAAAUUCAAGCGCUGGAGUUGCCUGGUACAAGUCAUCGAGCACAACAAGCAAGCCCAUGUCUCAGUACAUUUUAAAAACAUCUGCUAGAGACUCUUUAGACUGGGACUCUCCUGGGGAGGAUUCUCCAUCAGAGGCUGGAGAAGGAGCAUCCACACAAACCUCUGAUGCCUCGGACAACCUAAAAACAGCCGAGCAAGGACCCAGAGAGGCGGAGCCUCCUCAUGAGGAGCCUGUCGAUUUUGAACAGCUGCCUCUCCUCAAACCGUACAGUGACCGGGUUUAUCGGCGGCCCAAUCGGAACAGAGAACAGCCGGAGAGUUCUGGAACCGCAGAGACGUCGGCAGGAGUCGGGGCAAGUAUAUCAGCCGUUGCGCCAGUUAACAGCUCCAGCAGUACUGGAGCGGCCAGUAGUUCACAGGUCAAGCCUGCUGCAGGCCGGGGCAGGGUGAGGGACUACACAGUGCUACACCCGUCGUGUGUGUCAGUGUGUAACGUCACCAUCCAGGACUCCAUGGACAGGAGUAUUGAUGAGCUUGUGAACACGACACCUGCAGAUCUGGGAGAGGCUGGAACUUUCCGGAGGAAAGCAGAUUCGCAAGCUGCCAAACCCACCAGGUUUCGACCCACUCAAACUAAGACUAAGAAGGAGACCAAACUGGAGUUUUUUGGUUUCGAGGAGAAUGAGGGUCAGGAAACAGAUGGAGAGCCUGGUGCCUCUGGCAGCACCAGCUACAAGAUCAAAUACUUUGGUUUUGAUGACCUCAGUGAGAGCGACAGUGAGGACGAGGACGAUGCGGCAGCUAGGGAGAGGAAAAAGGCCAAGAAAGCUGCGUCGGAGGCUCUGGCGGCUGGAGUGGACAGCCCACAGACCAGUGACUCGCAGGAGAGUCAGACCAGCACUAAUGCAGAUUCUCAGGAGUGGCUGGAGGAGUCGGGCUCUGCUGGCUACAACUCGCAGAAAGAACGAGCAGGAAAACAGACGGAUAAGGCGAAAGAAAUCAGCCGCAAAAUCUUCAGCGGGCCUAAAAAGUCUCCUGCUAAGGCAGUGUAUAAUGCUCGUCACUGGAACCAGCCUGAACCAGAGGAUGUGCCCCCUUCUGCGCCCGCCCGCACUGUUGUUGCACCUAAGCCCAGUGUAAGUGCAAGCAAAGAAGCAAAUUCCUUCAAAGAUGAUGGAGUGUUCAAAGCCCCGCCCCCUCCUCCAAAAGUCAUCAAAACCGUGACCGUCCCCACCGAGCCCUACCAGGAUAUUGUGACUUCGCUCAAGUGCAAUAAAGAGCACAAGGAGCUGUAUACAGUAGUCCAGCAUGUGAAGCACUUUAAUGACGUGGUGGAGUUCGGGGAGAAUCAGGAGUUCACGGACGACUUUGAGUAUCUGGAGACCGGCCUGAAGAGCACUCAGCCUCUCAACACACGCUGCCUUAGUAUAAUAAGUCUGGCCACACGCUGUGCUAUGCCAAGUUUCCGCAUGCACCUGAGGGCUCGAGGGAAGGUGGCACAGGUCUUUAAGAUGCUCAGUGACGCUCCACUGCAUCCGAACCUGGGUUUAUGCACUGCUUCUCUGAUGUACAUCCUGAGUCGGGACCGGCUAAAUAUGGACCUGGACCGGGCUUGUUUAGAACUGAUGAUCCGGCUGCUGGAGCUAGAGCAGGACCAUUCAGUGGCUGACCAGCUUACUGCUAAAGAGAUCAACAAGGUCAAAGAGAAGAUCCGCAAACUCUGCGAAACGGUGCACAAUAAACAUCUGGACCUGGAGAACAUCACUACGGGUCACCUAGCGAUGGAGACUCUUCUCUCUUUGACGUCUAAGCGAGCAGGAGACUGGUUUAAAGAGGAGUUGCGGUUGUUGGGUGGACUGGAUCACAUUGUAGAUAAAGUGAAAGAGUGUGUGGAGAGCUUGGACAAAGAAGAGGAUAAGGAGAACCUUGUGGCCUCGUUAUGGGGAGCAGAGCGAUGUUUACGGGUUCUAGAGAGUGUGACCGUCCAUAACCCAGAGAACCAGGCUUACCUGAUUGCCUACAAAGACUCACAGUUAAUAGUGUCCUCUGCAAGAGGACUGCGCUAUUGUGAAGAGAUGAUUCAGCGGUAUAGCCGUGAGGUCAACAGCUCCCUCUCAUCCUCUGGCACUGCCCUCCCUCACUGUAGCCAUAGCAACGUCGGCAAGGCCGUGGAGGACUGCAUGAGAGCAGUAAUAGGAGUGCUUCUCAACCUCACGCAUGACAACGAGUGGGGCAGCACUAAGACUGGUGAACAGGAUCAGCUCAUCAUCACGGCGCUCAACUGUGUCCUCAAAGUCCCUCGUUUCCUACCUCAGGAGCAGAGAUUCGACGUCCGAGUGCUCGGCCUGGGGCUGUUGAUAAACCUGGUUGAGUACAGCUCCAGAAACAGGCACUGUCUUGUGGAAAUGGAGGUGGACACAAGCUGCCUAGUAGAGCCAGAGAGAGACGUGAAGAAAGAAACAGAAGAUGGGAUGGAGGGAGAGGCCCAGAGAAAGUUGCAGGAGGACAAGUGGGAACGAGAAGAGGGAGAUAAACCAAGCACGCAAGGGGCCUCAAAUGCACUGGCUGCACUGGUGCAGUUGUUCCUGGAGCGAGAGAGAGCAGCCGUGCUGGCCGAGGCUCAGACUGAUGACCUCAUCAGCGAGGCUCCCAAGUCUCAGGCUGACCAGAGCGGAGAGUGGCAGGAGACCUCCGGGGAGAUUCAGUGGGUUGCCACGGAAACCAACGACAAACAGGAGCAGGAAAAAAAGGAGGAAGAAGACGAGGAGCUCGACCUCAAUAAAGCACUGCAGCAUGCUGGGAAGCACAUGGAGGACAGUAUUGUAGCGUCUUACACUGCCCUGCUGUUGGGCUGCCUGUGUCAGGACAGUCCGUUGAAUGUGAAGUCGGUGAGAGAGAGUCUUCCUAAAGGAGAUUUCUCCAUCAUGACUGAAAUGCUGAAGAAGUUCCUAAACUUCAUGAACCUGACGUGUUCUGUUGGCACCACAGGGCAGAAGUCCAUCUCACGGGUGAUUGAAUAUCUAGAGCACUGUUAGCGAAGGUGUUGCUGUUUAGCGGAAUAUCAGAGGACCUGGCAGCCCACUUGGAGGCCUGUCGUCACUGGAGGCACAAAGAUCUAUGGUGGCUUCGCUGUGGUCACCAUCACCGGGGGUUAGAGGCUCCUUCUGUUCACGGGUCUUUUCAGGCGUUACUUAAAUGCUGUCUCUCUCUCAAACACACACACACACACACACACACACACACACACACACACACACACACACACACACACACACACCUGUGUGUAUGCAUUUAAUAUUUUGAAAGAAAUAAUACCCCCUCCUACCCCCCACCGAUAUAUAAAGGCAAGGAUAUACGCCAGUAUUGUAUUUGGACAAAAACAAAGAUUUUAUUCUUUUUUUAAAUGUUCAAAAGCGAUCCUCUAUUUAUUAUCAAAUGCCAUAAGUUGUACUAUUGAUCACUAAUGACUAAUAUUUGUUUAGAAAAUCAAAUGUAAUGAAAUCAAACGUAUGUUUGCACAUGUAUGUGGACGACGUGGUGAUGAACUCUCUCAUAAGCUUCAUAAAACACACUGGUUACCGUUGGAUGGCAGGAUAGUUACAAUAAAGUAAGGCGGAUGCACAAUUAGCAGGACUGAUGGUACCACUUUGCAAUGAGACGACCCUUAUGAGUGGCUUACGAUGAAUUUAUUAAUGAUAAAUAACCAGAUAUUACACAAAUCAGACCUCUUGCUUGCCAGAUAGCGAGUCCACAUUCAUCUGUACUGUUAAACCUCAGAUUAUCCUGGUUACUUGUAUCUGAUGAAAGCUGACUGAUGGAGAAGCUCAAGUGAGAUAACAGAUCACUGUUGCCCUUUUUGUGUUAUAACUGCUUAUUAAUCUUGUUAAAGGUGAUUAUGACAACUUAUAAUAAUUAGUAAACUCACUUUAAACCAUUCAGUAACGCUUUAUGAGGAUGGUCUGUUAAAGUGGUACCGGAUUGGCCAUUUUAAUUGGUGUUUUUAAGGUUUGAUAAAUGGAAAAGAAUCAGUUACUCUCCCUGAAUGAUGCCCCAUGGGAAAUGUAGUCACAAAGGGAAUAGGUUUUUAAAAAGAAAUGGCAUGUUUAUCCAGGUUGGAUGUCUAAUUAGGGCUGCACGAUUUGGACCGUAUUGCAUAUUGCAAUUAUAAUGCUACAUAUUGCAAUUCCAUUAAAUCCAAUACAUUUAAAAACCACAUCAGUGAAUCAUUAUAAUAGUAUGAUAAUAUUUUUGGCUGAAGUGAUAUCCAUUUGUUGGAUAAUGUUAGCAUCUUGAUUUGUCCAGAAACUUACCUGGAGCUUAUCUGAUGCUCAUUUACAGGUUGCGGCCUUCUGCAGCGUCAGUAGGGUUGGGUGUUGAAAUUCAGUGGUUUUGUGGUGCUGAGUACAGCUGAAUUACUUAAAUACUACUGAGUAUUAAAAAAAAAAUCUGUUAGUACCAAAUUAGCCCAAGAGCAGUAAUGCUUGUUCCAAAUUUCAGGAGUUGGUAUUGAAGUCACGGCAUCAGUAUUGAAUGUUUUUAAUCGAUACCGAUUAAAUAACAUUUGACAAGCGAUAUAUUGUGCGGCCCUUACAUCUACGUAGUUGUGUAGUAAACAGAGUGAUUUGGUAUUUUCCAACCUUUUUGAGGUACUUGGGUGGCAGAAUCGGGGGAGGGGGAAAAAAGCCUGAAAGCUUUACACUGAUCAAUGUACACCUUCACAUUAAGAGCAUCCCCAUGACCCCUAUAACCUACCUAGCUCUGUCUUUCACAAGUGGCAAUACAAGCAGAUUUUCGUCUCUUGCUUGUAGUGCAAAACUGUCAUCCGUGUGAAGUUCAGGGAGUCUUAAAUUCGGUUGCUAAUCAAACCCAAUUGUAGGAGAUUUUAUCAUUGCCAGAGCACAAAGAGAGGUACCUGUUGGGAUGCACGAUGAUGUCGGUGUAGGUCGGGGGGUCGGCAACAUGCGUCUCUUUUACUGCCCUCUUGCGGCUCCACAGCCGAAAUGAAAUAAUCCUCCUCUACAGUAAAAUAAAGCUCUGCUGACCGUUCAACACAGUUUAACAGUAAA